CCUGAAGCCCAUGUAUAACCCUCUUGCAAGCAAACUUGUAAAAUGCGACAUACAAAUAUUGUAAAUAAGUACUUGAAAGGCACUGGCUGUGUCGUGUUUAUUUUCGUCGCUGCCGUCACCGAUUAUAUCACCAGUAUUGGUGUUCUGGGUGUGAACUGAAGUAAAGAUACAGGGGAGACAUGGUAGAAUUAUGGGAUCGUUAGCCGACAGUGCAGGGGCGAUAAAUGAGCAGGAUGAAAUAAGAAAGGUUAAGGAAAAUGCCCAGGUUACCUCAGAGGAAUAUGAGAGUGGCCCUGAUUUUAGUGAUCUGCCAGAUGUAGUUUGGGUUCAGGUGCUGAAAAAGCUUUCACUGUCAGACCGUGCUUCAGUGGCAGCCACUUGCCAUGCACUGAAUGAAGCUUUCAACCAUCCUUCUUUGUGGCAUACAGUCACCGUAAUACUGAGAGGGACAAGCAAACCAGUAUCCUUAUGGUAUCUGGAUGAGAGGGGAGUGAACACUGGUUUGUUGACGGUUGAGUACAAGUACCUGCAACUUAUAAAGAGAUUUGGCAGCUUCUUCCAAAACCUCUCUCUGCUCAUCCAAGGAUAUUUCAAUAAGGUUCCACCCCAUGUGAAUGAAAUUGUCUCCGAGCUGAGUGCAAGAUGUCGUUUGGAAACUUUGACACUUCAGGUUGGCUCAAUUCGAACUGCACUAGAGAAUGAUGGUGGCCUGGCCAGAAGUGGAAGACCCAAAGAGGAGGACCUUCGUGUUAUACUUUCUCUUUUGAACAAUUCCUAUCGCCUUCGUGAGUUCCAGCUGCUUUCCUGGCCGUCCUGCAAUCCAAACAAAUAUCCCGGUUUAGACAUCAUCCAAUCUCUGUGUGAAAAUGAGAAAUUAAAACAACUGGAGAAGUUAAAUCUCUUCUACGAUGAAUGCAAAUGGAGCACAGUUAAUGCCCACCUGCCAAGCGCAGAGAGAAUGGUAACCACGGUGCAGCACUUCACGUACCUGUCUCACCUAAGUUUACGUCUCUGUAUGAUGAGCGAUGAGUUGGUGAAAGGGUUGUCAAAAUCAGGUCGCACGCCCCUGUCAAAUCUCAAGAUUCUGGUCACAUAUUCAAGGCACAAUCCUGCGUUGGCAAUCCCCGAGAUUUACUCCUCUUCAUGGUCACAGCUUUCACAGCACUCUCCAGAGUUGGAGGUUGAAAUCACCUUUCUAACGCGAAUGCCUUACGUGGAGAAAGCAGCACUGCUAAAGCCAGAGAUCCCCUUGACUGGUUUAGCCUUUAUGACUUAUUCCAAUUGCACUUCUCAAGAUAUCUUAGGAAUUACAGAUAAAUAUUCAAAGACACUCAAAAAGCUUGUUAAUUUCUCUUUUGGGGAGUUUUUUGACGAGGAAUUAAUUACUUUAGUUUCUUGUUCGUCAAGGAUGGAUUCUCUAGUCCAUCUGGGUGAAAUUUACAGUAAUACCAUAGUACAGCUGGCUCAGCUAAAGCAAUGGAAAGUCUUUGAAUUCAAGGCAAACAUGAUCAAAUUUGAAGAUCCUAGUUUGCAGGAUGAAGAUGUGGUUGUUGGUCAAAGAGAGAAUGGGGAGCUGUAUUUGACAUCACUUGAACGCAAGCCCUGUCUGGAGGAAGAUCGCUUGGACAGUCUAGCCUCACUUCGUGAAGAGGUUUCACGUCUGCUGGGAUACUGUUGGCAUCCUCAAGUGCCGGACGCUGAGGAACAGGAACCAAGCUAUGGUUAUUUUCAUGCCUUGGAGAAUAAUGCACUCUUUGUAUAAAACUGAUAUGCCAACACCACGAAAUUUUCAAAGGUAAAAGUGGACUUUCAAAAAUGUCUUGAAAUGCAAGGGACAUAGCUGAGCAGCUCUGUAUGGGGGGUUUUGAGUGGAUAAAAAAACAAAACCAAAAUAUCUCAAUAAAACCACAACUUUCAUCUCUUUUUAUAAAAAUUGAGAGUGGGAGGGUCAACAUGGAGCAGCUGGAAAACUGUAUUUAAAAAAUUAUUACAGCAAACUAAGUGUUAACAGACACUCAUGCAUGGCAUCAUUGGCUUGGAAUGUAAUGAUGUUAAAAAUUGAUCAUGUUAGGAAGUGUUUUCAAUGUGGCAACUUUCACUUUGAGUUGAUUUACAGCGAGGUAUUUCAGUUUAUCAAAAAUGUUAUUUAUCUAAAAACUCAAAAAUGAUUUUUUAUUUUAUCUUGAGAGACUAAUCAUGUAGGUCUGUUCAUGAAGCUUGUCUGCAGCUGGCUGCCUUUUAAAUUUGAAA